AUGUCCGACUCUAUCAAAGGCCCCGCCCCUCCUCCCUCUAAGCUUGACGGCUCGCCGCUGCGCAUCGCCAUUAUCCAUUCGCGAUGGAACAAGACCGUCAUCGACGCUCUCGUAGCCGGCACGAUCACGAAGCUCAAGUCUACCGGGGUCAAGGAGGCGAAUAUCGUUGUCCAGUCCGUCCCCGGUAGUUUCGAACUUCCGCUCGCAUGCUCCAAGGUCAUCGCCGGCUCGCACGUACAAGCGGGCGCGACCAUGACCGACCUCCUGGGCGGGCUCACCUCGCUCAACCCCGCCUCGCGUUCAUCAACCCCCGCACCCGUCGCCGCGUCAAUGCCACACCAGCCCUUCGACGCCGUGAUCGCGAUCGGUGUGCUCAUCAAGGGCUCGACGAUGCACUUCGAGUACAUCUGCGAGUCCGUCUCGCACGCGCUCAUGCGCGUCCAGCUCGACACUGGGGUGCCCGUCAUCUUCGGCGUCCUCACCGCGCUCACAGACGACCAGGCUCUUGAGCGUGCGGGCAUUGGCAGGGGCGAGAACAAGGGCCACAACCACGGCGAGGAUUGGGCGAGCGCUGCGGUGGAGAUGGCGUCGCACACCAGGCGCUGGUCGGAAGGCAAGUUUUUGUAG